GUUGAGAGUUGUACAUUUUCGUUUCACCUUCACGCUAACAUCCCAUACCACAACUAAUCUUGUAAAGUGUAUUGAUUUUUAUGAAAAGAGGGAUGAAGGAGUGUUUCCAUUUUUGUUCAUAUCAUCAUCUUUUCUGUAUAUUUUUGCUAUUUAGAGUGUCUUCUGCUGGUGAUAGCUUAAGAUUGUUGGAGCCCAUCAGUGAUGGCAGAACCUUGGUUUCUCAAAAGGGAAACUUUGAGCUUGGUUUCUUCAGUCCAGGUAGUUCCAAAAAUCGUUACUUGGGAAUUUGGUACAAGAACAUUCCAAUUCAAACAGUUGUUUGGGUGGCAAACAGGUGCAAUCCAAUAAAUGACACGUCAGGAUUGCUAACUCUAAAUAGCACUGGAAAUCUUCUUCUGCUGGGACACAACAAAACGAUCGUUUGGUCAUCAUCCUCAAGCUCAUCAAAACAAAUCCAAAAGCCAUACCUUCAACUUUUGGAGUCUGGAAAUCUGGUCAUAAGAGAUGAGAAAAACAAAAGCGAAGAAGCAUAUUUAUGGCAAAGCUUUGACUAUCCUUCUGAUACAUUGUUACCGGGAAUGAAAACAGGGUUCAACGUGCGAACAGGCCAUAAGUGGGUUAUAUCAGCAUGGAAAAAUGCAGAUGACCCUUGUCCUACCGAUCUAACUUGUGGGAUAGAGCCUCAUGCCUACCCAGAACUAUCCAUUAGAAAAGGAGCCAAAGAGUACUAUCGACAUGGCCCCUGGAAUGGCCUUCAUUUCAGUGGCACACUUCAUUUAAGGCCUAACCCAAAUUCAGAAUAUGAAUUUGUGCACAAUGAUGAAGUUUUCUUCAGGUAUCAUCUAAAGAAUCCCUCUGUCAUCUCAAGAAUGGUCCUAAAUCCUACAACUAGCACUCGCGAACGACUUCAAUGGAACGAUGCAGAGAAGACUUGGAGUCUUUUGUCCACAGCUCCCACAGACUACUGUGAUAGCUAUGGGCUGUGCGGGGUCAAUGGACAGUGUGUAAUAAGCUCUAACCCCGUCUGUCAAUGUCUUAAAGGUUUUAGGCCUAAGUUUCCGGAGAGAUGGUAUUCACUUGUUUGGGUUGACGGGUGUGUAAGGAAUGCUCCACUGAGCUGCCAUGACAAAAACACAGAUGGGUUUAUCAAAUUUCCAAACAUAAAAGUUCCAGAUACUAGGCAUACUUGGGUCAACUGGACUAUGGAUUUGAAGGAUUGUCGGGCGAAAUGCUUGAGUAACUGUUCAUGUAUGGCUUAUUCUAACACAGAUAUCCGUGGAGAUGGUAGUGGUUGUGCUAUGUGGUUUGGUGACUUAAUUGAUAUUAAACAAAUUUCUGGGGGUGGCCAAGAUGUAUACAUACGAAUGCCAGCUUCAGAGUUAAAAGCAAAAGGUGAUAGUAGAUUGAAAGCAUUGAUCGCUGCAAGUGUUAUUGGAGCAGUUUGUGGGAUGAUAAUAGCUGGAUAUUUCAUUCGGAGAAGCUUAUUUACAGCCAAAAGUAAAAGACUAAGUAAAGGAAAAGAUGAUCAAGAAGAAGACAUGGAGCUUCCUCAGUUCGAUUUGUUGACCAUAAUUACGGCCACAGAUAAUUUUUCAGAGAAUAAUAAGCUAGGAGAAGGUGGUUUUGGCUCAGUAUACAAAGGAAAACUAAAAGACAAACAAGAAAUUGCAGUGAAGAGACUUUCAACGAGUUCGGGGCAAGGAGUCAAAGAGUUUAAAAAUGAAGUAAUACUGAUUGCUAAACUUCAACAUAGAAAUCUUGUUAAACUUCUUGGUUUCUGCAUUCAAGGAGAAGAGAAGCUGCUGGUUUAUGAAUACUUGUCCAACAAUAGCCUUGACUCUUUCAUCUUUGGUGAAAUGGAAGCUAAAAAAUUGAAAUGGCCUAAGCGCUUCCAAAUUAUAUGUGGUAUUGCUCGUGGACUAUUAUAUCUCCAUCAAGAUUCGAGGUUGAGAAUAAUACACAGAGAUCUCAAAGCAAGUAAUAUUUUACUUGAUCAUGAGAUGAAUCCUAAAAUUUCCGAUUUUGGCAUGGCUAGAACUUUUGGAGGGGAACAAGUAGAAGGAAAUACAAAUAGAGUUGUGGGAACAUAUGGUUAUAUGGCACCUGAGUAUGCCUUUAAUGGCUUAUUCUCUACUAAGUCCGAUAUUUUUAGCUUUGGUAUUAUAGUUUUGGAGACUAUAAGUGGACAAAGAAGUAGAAUAUUUCGUCCUCAGAAGGAUAGCCUUACACUUACUGGACAUGCAUGGAAGUUGAUGAUGGAAGGCAGAGAAGUUGAGUUGCUUGAUGAGUGUUUAAGGGAUUCACAAAAUUCAAGUGAAGUUUUGCGUUGCAUCCAUGUUGGUCUCUUAUGUGUACAACAAAAUCCAAUGGAUAGACCAAGCAUGCCAUCUGUUGUUAUGAUGUUGGGUAGUGACAGUGUGUUGCCACAACCUAAAAAACCAGGCUAUUUCAUGGAGACAGAUCUGCCCAUAAAUGGUCAUUCUGAAUUAUUUCUAACAAAUUAUGUCACAAUAUCAAUCCUACAUGCUAGAUGAUUAUUCUAUCAAUUAAUCAACAAACAAUAUGCUCACAUUGCGAUGUUAAUUUGUUGACUUUUUACCAAAAAAUUACAUGUGCGUAAUUGAUUGGGAGAGCAAAUUGUGCUUUUAUACCUGUCAUUACUCAUAAUCCAAACCUUCUAAAUGUAUUCAGUAACAGAUCAAGGGCUCGUAAUUUGGUAGGCUAUAUUAAGUCGCAUAUUAUAUUAUAUUAAAUUGAGUUAUAUGUUAUACUUUUAUAUUAUAGUG